GGACGGGGACAGGGACAGGGACAUACGAGUCGCGGCAGGUGGGGGAUUCAGGGUAUGACGAAGCGGAAGCGCUCAGAGGAGCGGGGCUGCCGCACUGCCAGGCGGCCGCGGCCGGCGCAGGAGCCGAAGCAGCAUCUUUACCUGCUGCUGGACGACUGGGAGAGGGGAUACAGCAUCCGCAAGGUGGACGUCGAAGCUUUCGACUCCGACACCAACACCCCGCCCAAGCGCUUCACCGAGCCGCCGGUCGCCCGCAUCGAAGCGCCGCACGUGAGGUCCUGGAACUUCAUCUCCCACGCCUCCAAGAUCUUCGCCAUGAAGGCCAAAGAAGCCAGCCCUGCCAUCCCGGCCUUCGACACGCACACGAUGAGCCUGACCAUCAGCCCGUGGCCUUCCUGCCGUGCGGGCUAUGUCACCCCCCUCCUCGCCUCCAUCGGCGGCAAGCUCUCCUUGUUCCUGGAGGACCGCACCGAGUACCUUGCCGACCCGCCACCCUACGACAGCAACGCUCCUUGGUCUUGGUCCACCAUCAACUCCCCGCUGCCUUUCUACAACGUGCAAAUCUUGUGCUAUGCCUUGCAUCCGGAUGGCCGCACCCUCUUCGUGUCCGCCGGCAGCCGGCGCAAGAAUCUGCCAAGCACAUUCUCCUUCGACGCCGAGCGCCUCGAGUGGGCCCACCAUGGUAACUGGCUAUUGCCUUUUGCAGGCCAAGCCUACUUCGACGCCGAGUUGGAAGCGUGGGUCGGCCUCGCCCGCGACAAAGAGAGCUCUGGCUACCUCUGUUCCUGCGAUGUGCCACCGGUCGCUGCCAAGUUAACGAGCCCUCCGUCUUGGAAGCUCGGCCAGGACAAGAUGUUCUCCAAGGAUUCAGAGUUGCAUCGGGGCGCCAAGCUUGUCUACAUGGGUGACAGCAAGUUCUGCCUCAUUGAGUCCCUGUUCCACAAGGAUGACCAGCAUUUGCGCCGUGAUCCUACUGAGAUGGAUCUCUGGGGAGCGACUAGCAUAGAAUCUGAGCAUCUGUUGCAAAAAUAGAAAAACCGAAUCUGGACCGUGGGAAUAGAAAUGAAGGAUGCAGAUCCCGUUGGAGGGUUUCGUACUCAUAGUUACACAAUUCUGUGCUAAAACGUCCCAUUGCUCCUCAUUAAUUUGCCCCAGGUCCUUCUCCUUCAGACGACACCCCCUGCUUCUGGAGACAGAUCCGGUGGCGGUCCAUCUCCCUAUCGCGUCGACGGUGGCGGCCAGUCUAGAUCCGGUGCUGCUGCUCCAUGCCUCCUCCCAGACAUCCCCGAUGUCGCGCUGCACAUCAUCGACCUGGACCCCGCCGGCGCCACCAUGGUCUCGUACUUCCCGGUGGCUGCGGGCAUCCAAACCGCGCAACUGCCCAGGAGGCACCAAUGGCCUUCUUCGUGCCGAACUCCGACGGCUUCGCGACCGAGCUGAAGACCUGCUGCGCGCACUUGUUCGGGAAUACGCAUCCCGACGGCCGCACGCCCUAGGUCUUCUUCCUUGACCCGGACGAAUACACUUUCUGCUCUGGCACGAUGGAUGGUUCAGACCAGGAUAGAGAAACGAUAUUUGGUACGCUACACUUCUCGCAAUCUAAUCAUUUGGUAUAUCCUUUUCAUUUGUCAGUGUGUCCAUUACUCUCUAUUGAAAGCUGAUCUAUGGGCUGACAAGUGGACCUUUUGAUCGAACAUACAGUAGUGUUUGGCCAACUAUGUUAAAGUAGUGUUUUUCCAAUAUUACCUUAGGGUAUCAAUUUAGAAAAAUGUUAGAAUUAAAAAGCUAUAACAGGAAUGUACAAAAAAAAAAAUUAAAGACAAGGAGUUUAUAUGAAGCUACAGUUCCUGUCCAUAUUUUGCUUUUCUGGUAUUUGAUAUGAAGCUUCAGUUCCUAUACUAAAUACAGUUCAUGUCUUCUUCUGCUUCUCCGAGACACUAUUUGAAGCAACCCAUAUCAACUUGCAACAUACCUUUUAAUUGGUGCCUUUUGUGAAUUCAAUUUGUCACUGAGCGACUCCAUUUAAUAUUUUGUACCAGGUACUAGGUUCAUAAACACUGGAUGCAUGUUGCUCUCCUGUAGGUUCGUCCAUUGACUAAAUCGUUUGCUCUUCGAUGUUCCAGGUUUGGUGUCUAGAAAAGAAGAUCCAGGUUUGGAAUUGUAAGAGGUCAUAAUUAACCAAUGUAGGCUGGAGAAGGCAUUGCUUCUUUACAUGAAUGUGCUUCCUUUUUAUGUAGUGGAAAAUAAUUCCGUGCCGCUAGCUCAUCCAUGAUAACCAUCUAUUUCAUAUUUAUCUAAUUAUGCAAGAAACCAACUAUUUAUAUCUUCCAAUACAUCAAGCUAGUAGUCUCAGGAACCUGAAAUCAGCUUAAACCAUAGCAGUAUUUUGUUUUCAUCAAAGAGCUUUGUUGUGGCAAAAAUACUAAGUCGUGAGGAACAUUUGGAUGCAAAGCACCCAUGUUCCUGAGAGAAACCCAUGUUGUACAUUUCUGUUCUCUCGUUUUUACUUUGCGAAGUUAUCUCAAGCAUCUGCUUUUAUUUUGGUGCAGGUAGAUUUUACAAAUGGAUGCCCAGGCUUAAAUAGUUACAAAUGACAUAGCAGCAGAAGGACAGAUGUAUUGGAUAGCUUCUGCUAUUGACUUUCCUGUUCAUUUCAGUACUUUGACUUAUCGAAAGCGGCGAACUGAAGGAAGCUUCGUCUGCGAAAAAACAUACUGCUGGAUUUUCAGUGUAGCUGGUGUUCCUAUUCACGCUUAAAAAGUGCUUCAUAAUAGCCUCAUUUUACAAUUCAAGUUGGGCGUUUCCGAGUUGUGCGGAGCUCCUGUUUUGACCUGUCUCUGUAAUGGGUGUUCUGAGUUAUGAUUUUAGGUUUGUUUGUCUGGUGUGUCAGGUAGAGAUACUGGCUCUCUCAUGGAUGCAAAAUAAAAAUAUAACUUUAUUACCUUUAUGA